AUGGCUCUGAAACACAGGGGUGGCCACUCUGCAUGGCUCCGGCCAGAGGUCUGGCUCUUGGUGUGGAAUGCCCUGUGCCAGCUGUGUGCCCGUGGUUGCCCAGCUCUCUGCACCUGCACAGGGACGACUGUGGAUUGCCACGGCAUGGGGCUCAGAGCCGUUCCCAAAAACAUCCCGCGUAAUACUGAGAGACUGGAACUCAAUGGUAACAACAUCACUCGGAUCCACAAGAAUGAUUUUGCAGGGCUGAAGCAGCUGCGCGUGUUACAACUGAUGGAAAAUCAGAUUGGAGCAGUGGAGCGAGGAGCUUUUGAUGACAUGAGGGAGCUGGAGAGACUACGACUGAACCGGAACCAUCUGCACUUGUUACCAGAACUACUGUUCCAGAAUAACCAGGCGCUCUCAAGACUGGAUCUGAGUGAGAAUUCCAUUCAAGCAAUCCCCAGGAAAGCAUUUCGUGGAGCCACUGAUCUAAAAAACCUACAGCUGGAUAAGAACCAGAUAAGCUGCAUUGAGGAUGGGGCUUUCCGAGCUCUACGGGGCCUAGAGGUGCUGACGCUGAAUAACAACAACAUCACCACCAUUCCUGUCUCCAGCUUCAACCACAUGCCCAAGCUCCGGACUUUCCGUUUGCACUCCAACCACCUUUUCUGUGAUUGCCACCUGGCCUGGCUGUCUCAAUGGCUGAGGCAACGUCCCACCAUUGGACUCUUCACACAGUGUGCAGGACCUGCGUCCCUGCGAAGCCUCAAUGUGGCCGAGGUCCAGAAGAGUGAGUUUAGCUGCUCAGGUCAAGGGGAGGCCGCCCGGGCUCCUGUCUGCACCCUGUCCUCGGGCUCCUGCCCCCCCAUGUGUGCCUGCAGCAAUGGGAUUGUGGACUGCCGCGGCAAAGGACUCACUGCUAUCCCGGCCAACCUGCCUGAGACCAUGACAGAGAUCCGUCUGGAGCUCAAUGGCAUCAAAUCAAUCCCCCCUGGAGCCUUCUCUCCCUACAGAAAGUUGAGGAGGAUAGACUUGAGCAACAACCAGAUCUCCGAGAUUGCCCCUGAUGCAUUCCAGGGUCUUCGUUCCUUGAAUUCUCUUGUUCUAUAUGGAAACAAGAUCACAGACCUGCCCAGGGGUGUGUUUGGAGGUCUCUACACCCUGCAACUGCUCCUUCUCAAUGCCAACAAGAUCAACUGUGUCCGAGCUGAUGCCUUCCAAGAUCUCCAAAACCUCUCCCUGCUCUCACUCUAUGACAAUAAGAUCCAGAGCCUGGCUAAGGGGACCUUCACCUCUCUCCGAGCCAUCCAGACCCUACACCUGGCUCAAAAUCCAUUCAUCUGUGACUGCAACCUGAAGUGGCUGGCUGACUUCUUGCGCACCAACCCCAUUGAGACUAGCGGAGCCCGCUGCGCCAGUCCCCGUCGGCUCGCCAACAAGCGCAUCGGGCAGAUAAAAAGCAAGAAAUUCCGGUGCUCAGCAAAAGAGCAAUACUUCCUUCCAGGCACAGAAGAUUACCAGUUGAACAGUGAGUGCAACAGUGAUGCUGUAUGUCCUCACAAGUGCCGUUGUGAGUCCAACGUGGUGGAAUGUUCCAAUCUGAAACUUACCAAGAUCCCAGAGAGAAUCCCACAGUCCACUGCAGAACUGGAGAUUAAAGUUGUAGAAAAGAAUGAGAUACCCCCAAAAAUGCAUGAUAGACUAGAUUAUGGUCAGGAGGAAGGAGGCUGCCUCCCACGACCUCAGUGCCCACAGGAAUGCACCUGCCUCGACACUGUCGUCCGCUGCAGCAACAAGCACCUUCGGGCUCUCCCCAAGGGCAUCCCCAAGAAUGUCACUGAACUCUAUCUGGAUGGGAACCAGUUCACCCUGGUCCCUGCUCAGCUGUCCACCUUCAGAUAUCUGCAGCUUGUGGACUUGAGCAACAAUAAAAUCAGCUCCUUGAGUAAUUCCUCUUUCACCAACAUGAGCCAGCUCACCACCCUGAUUCUCAGCUACAAUUCCCUCCAGUGCAUUCCUCCGCUGGCCUUUGAGGGGCUCCGUUCUCUCCGGCUCCUGUCUCUCCAUGGCAACGACAUCUCCACUCUCCGUGAGGGCAUCUUUACUGACGUGACCUCCCUGUCUCAUCUGGCCAUCGGAGCCAACCCACUCUACUGCAACUGCCACCUUCGCUGGCUCUCCAGUUGGGUCAAAACAGGUUAUAAGGAACCUGGCAUCGCCCGAUGCGCUGGGCCCCCUGACAUGGAAGGGAAGCUGCUCCUCACAACUCCCGCCAAGAAGUUCGAAUGCCAAGGUCCUCCCUCCAUUGCUGUGCAAGCCAAAUGCAACCCCUGCCUGUCCAGCCCGUGUCAGAACCAGGGAACCUGCCAGAAUGACCCCCUGAACUCCUACCGGUGUGCCUGUCCCAGCGGCUACAAGGGCAGAGACUGUGAAAUGUCACUCAACAGUUGCUCCAGCGGCCCCUGUGAAAAUGGCGGGACCUGCCACUCCCAAGCUGGAGAGGGAGCCGGGUUCACGUGCUCCUGCCCGGCGGGGUUCGAGGGGCCGACAUGCGGGGUGGAAGCAGACAACUGCAGGAAUCACGCCUGUGAGAAUGGGGGCCUCUGUGAGGAUGGCAUCCACAACUACACAUGCGUGUGCCCCCUUCAGUACACAGGAAGGACCUGUGAGCAGCUGGUGGACUUCUGCUCCCAGGAUUUAAACCCGUGUCAACAUGGUGCCACAUGUGUUGGUACCCCUGAGGGGCCCAAGUGUGAAUGUGCCCCAGGUUACGUGGGCGAUAACUGCAGCAUCAACUACGACGACUGCAUGGAUCAUCAGUGCCAGAACGGCGCCCGCUGUGCGGAUGAAGUGAAUGGCUACUCGUGCCUUUGUGAAGAAGGAUACAGUGGCCAACUGUGCGAGAUGGCUUCCCAGCCCCUAAAACCACUGAGCCCCUGUGAGGGAGCGGAAUGCCAGAAUGGUGCCAACUGUGUGGACCUGGGCAACAGGCCCGUGUGUCAGUGCCUGCCAGGCUUUGGUGGUCCUGAGUGCGAGAAGCUGCUAAGCGUCAACUUUGUGGAUAGAGACACAUACCUACAGUUCACUGACUUGCAGAACUGGCCCCGGGCCAACAUCACACUCCAGGUGGCCACAGCGGAAGACAACGGCAUCCUGUUGUACAACGGGGACAACGACCACAUUGCUGUAGAGCUCUACCAGGGCCACGUGCGGGUCAGCUACGAUCCGGGCAGCUACCCCAGCUCUGCCAUCUAUAGCACCGAGACCAUCAAUGAUGGCCAGUUCCACACAGUCGAACUUGUCACCUUUGACCAGAUGGUGAAUCUCUCCAUUGAUGGUGGCAGCCCCAUGACCAUGGACAACUUCGGCAAACACUACACCCUCAACAGCGAGGCCCCGCUCUAUGUGGGAGGGAUGCCCGUCGAUGUGAACUCGGCUGCCUUCCGGCUGUGGCAGAUCCUUAACGGCACCAGCUUCCACGGCUGCAUCCGCAACCUGUACAUCAACAACGAGCUGCAGGACUUCACCAAGACCCAAAUGAAGCCGGGGGUGGUGCCAGGCUGCGAGCCCUGCCGUAAGCUGUACUGUCUCCACGGCAUCUGCCAGCCCAACGCCGCGCAGGGGCCCGUCUGCCACUGCGAGCCAGGCUGGGGAGGCCCCCACUGUGACCAGCAGCUCGGCAACCCCUGCCAGGGGCACAAGUGUGUGCGUGGCACCUGCGUGCCCCUGGAUGCUCUGUCCUAUAGUUGCCAGUGCCAGGAUGGGUACAAAGGAGCUCUGUGCAACCAGCCGGGGGAGCCACUAGAUCCCUGUGAGAACCUUCACUGUCUGCAUGGGCACUGCCAGACUUCCUCUGAGGGGGCCGCGCACUGUGUGUGCCGCAGCGGUUUUGCUGGGGAGCUGUGUGAGCAAGAGUCCGAGUGCCAGGGGGACCCCGUUCGGGAUUUCCAUCAGGUCCAGAGGGGCUAUGCCAUCUGCCAGACCACCCGCCCGCUGUCCUGGGUCGAGUGUCGAGGCUCCUGCCUGGGCCAGGGCUGCUGCACGGGGCUGCGGAUGAAACGGAGGAGAUUCACCUUUGAGUGCAGCGAUGGUUCCUCGUUUGUGGAGGAGGUGGAAAAGGCCAUCAAGUGCGGCUGUGCUCGCUGCAUGUAGUGCCCGAAGGGCCCGCGUCCGGGCUGACGGUGGGGGAGGGCACGGGCGAGGGAGAUGGGGGAGGGAGGGAGGGGGGAUGGGACGGGGAGCGACCGCAGUGAAGAGGGAGAUGCCGGAAGGUGGAUGGUCUGUGCGGCAAGAAUAGGCAUGGACGGUGGACUGGAAUAGCCGUGGGACAGCAGAGCCGUGUGGCAGGAACUAUGGCCAUUGGAAGCAGGGGAAGGAAGGAGGGCAAGGGUGACUGCUGAUGGGCAGAACCUGUGUGUAGAUAGAUUUUUUUUUUCCUUUUUAAAGCUCAAAACAAAAUGGCAGCUGUGGGCAUGGGGGCUGAGCUGAGCUGCUCUGUGUUGUCGGCUUGCCCUCUUCCCGGGGCCGGCUCGAAGUGCCUUGCACAUAGUAGGCGCUCAAUAAAUAUUUGUUGAAUGAAUGAAUGAGUGAGUGAGGUGCCAGCAGGGGCAUAUGCCUUGCCCACAUCCCUUCCUGCCAGAUGCCCAGGCCACUCCAUCCGGGUGGAAUCUAGCCGUCUGUACUCAACUCUUUCUUCCUCUAUGCCUGUGGCUAGGCAAAGCGGAGGAGCAGCUUCCAGGCUGAGGGGUGAGACCACCGCAUGGCGCUGGAGCCCAGACGUGUUCUCCCCCUCUCCGGGCUGCCGGCUCCUAGCACGAAAGCCGCUCGGGAGGAUGGCUCCUGGCUCAUUUGGCCAGGCUCAUGUGCAGUUCCUGUGCCAGAGAGGAUGUCUUCGGGGGCGCAGACUUAAUUAUACGAUGGAACUGAUUCGGAUGGUUCAACCGGCCUUCCUCCCUGGGAACGGACUGUUCAGAAAAAUAUUUCUGGGUGCUCUUAAUGGUCUCGGGGUUGGGCACGCGGGCACCCGGCUCCCUUAGGAGCCGUAGCUGCCCUGGAGACCAGAGGCAUGCUCUGAGGACUUCUGG